ACUCACUCUUGAAAACACAAAAGCCACAUUCUUGUUUUCAAUUUUUCCAGUUUGAGCUUAGCUUUAAAGGUGUCAUAAGGCAUAUCUGCUGUUUCCUCAUUUUCAUUCUAACUAUCUAUCUAUAUGAACUAUGAUGAUGUGCCUCCCUUCUUCUUCUUCUUUGCUUGUGUCCCAUGACUACUCCCUCCCAACCUUAAUAGCGCUACUACUCUAGCUUUCUUACUUGUUCUUCUUCUACUUGUUGGUGUGUGUGUUUUCUUUUCUUUAUGGAUCUUGGGGCGGUGGGUUUGGAUGGGUUGGUGGGUGGUUCUAUUGGGUGUUCAGAUGGUGAGACAAAGCACAAGUGGUACGGAUCUGGGUUGUUGAAGCAGGAGAGAUCUGGCGGUGGCAACACAAACAACGAAGAUGAUGAUGAAUAUUGGAGGAGCAACAAAGUGGCUAAGACUAGUAUGAAUGGCGAGAGGAACUCGUCAUCAAGCUUGCUGAGAUCCAAUGCAAGUCUCUUCUCUGAUGUUAGUGGCAACCAGCAGCAGCAGCAACAAAUGCUAAGUUUCUCUUCACCAUAUCAUUACCUUCCCUUAUCAAGAAAUACAGGUUGUCACAGUUGGGGAAGCAAUAGCAUGCAUGGGAAUGGGAAUGGGAUUGGGAUGAGAGGGGCAUUCACUCCAUCACAGUGGAUGGAGCUAGAACAGCAGGCCCUGAUCUACAAGUAUAUAACCGCUAAUGUCCCUGUCCCAUCUCAUCUUCUUAUUCCCAUCAAGAAAGCCCUUCAUUCUGCUGGCUUCUCUCACUUCUUCAGGCCCAGUGCAGUGGGCUGGGCUGGGUUCCAUCUGGGCUUCUCUAACAGCACCGAUCCCGAGCCAGGCAGGUGCCGGAGAACAGAUGGCAAGAAAUGGCGUUGCUCCCGAGAUGCCGUUGUCGACCAGAAGUAUUGUGAGCGGCACAUGAACAGAGGACGCCAUCGUUCAAGAAAGCCUGUGGAAGGCCACAAUGGCCAUGCCCUCACCGGGACAACCACCUCCUCCACCACCAAGAAUGUGGUGCCCGGAAACACUCCUCCUCCUCCUCCUCCUCCUUCCAACACCCUCACCUAUUCUUCACCUCCUAAUACCAUCAGCAGGAUGUUUAUGACUACUACUACUACUAAUAAUAAUAAUAAUAAGGAGAGUAAUGGUAGUGAGAGAAUCCCAGAAGCUGAAGAUUCACUUCCAAUGCUGCCACCAACUCUUGAGCUGAAACCCAAGGAAAACCCUUUCAUCAUUCCCAAACACCAAAUCCCAUACCAACAGGAAUCUUCAAGGAAUAAUGAGUUUGGUCUUGUCACUUCUGAUUCCUUACUGAACCCUUCCCAGAAGACCACCACAACAACCUUAACAGACAGGGAAACUGAUUCCCAUCAUUCCCUCAGGCAUUUCAUUGACGACUGGCCCAAAUCCCAGACCCACCGCUCUGCCUUGUCGUCGUGGCCGGAGUCCGAGAGGACCGAGCUCUCGAUUUCCAUCCCCAUGACAACAACCUCCAAUGACUUCAUGUCGUCCACCUCCUCUCCCACCAAUGACAAGCUCACUCUGUCACCCCUGCGUCUAUCAAGGGAGCUAGACCCGAUUCAAAUGGGUUUGGGAGUGGGAAACAAUGCUUUAAGUGAUUCAUCAAACUCAUCAAGGCAAGCUAACUGGAUUCCAAUCACUUGGGAGAGUUCAAUGGGUGGUCCUCUUGGAGAAGUUCUGAAUCUCAGCACUAACAACAACAAUGGAAGUGAUAAUCAAUGUGGCAAGAACAACAAUUCGUCCUCAGCACUUAACCUCAUGAGUGAUGGGUGGGAUAAUACUAAUAGCCCUCCAUUAGGGUCUUCUCCCACUGGGGUUCUGCAGAAGACAGCCUUUGGUUCUUUAUCAAAUAGCAGUGCUGGGAGCAGCCCAAGGGCAGAGAAUAAAACACAAGAAGGUUCAAGCUUGUGCAAUGAUCUUCUAAUGCCUGCAUUGUAAUGGAUUCAGUUUAUUUUAGUUUUUGUUUAUUUGUUUUAAAAUUAUUGCUUCCCCCUAAAAUAUGGUAGUAGUAGUAGUAGAAUUUGCAAGAAUAUGUCUAGUCCCGUAACGUAACGUUGUAUGUUAGCGUUGAUAAUUGGGUUGUGUAGGGUUUUGUUGCUUUUGACUUUUUGGUGUUUUUUGUAUUGAAGGGUACUAAAAUGUUGGUUGGUAUAUGGACUGGUUUUUAUGAGAGAUGUCCCGGUUAUAGGUGAUGGUGGGGACUCAGAUUGCGUGACGUAACAGUAAAUAUUUAAUGAGUGUUUGCAAGCUACACAAAAAUCAUUGAA